AUGUCUUUGCCAGUACAUCAUGGGGAUACUCUCCCACCGCAGGAGGUAAUUGAUCUAUUCAAAAGAACCUUCAGCCAUGAAUUGUAUGAAGAUCUAGCCAACGUUAGAGAAUUAGUACAGAAGGUCAAGUCUGAUCUUUACAAUCGAGACUAUACAGCUGCAUUUGACGAUAAUGCUAAAAGAGUCGCAUAUUGUUGUCGGUGGUCACCAGCAAGAGCAGUAGCAUAUACAUCACUUUUUGCUCAACUGGAACCUAUUAACCAGGUGGUACGAUGCCAAUUGCAGGGCGGUGAUCAGAGAGUGCUAUGCGUUGGUGGAGGUGCAGGUGGUGAAUUAGUAGCCUUAGCUAGUCUUUUCACACCGUCAAGACAUGUACGUACACCGUCAAACGAAGGUCUUCAAAUCCAUCUAGUGGAUAUCUACGAUUGGACUAAUGUUGUCAGCAGACUUCAGGAUCAAAUUAAUACCAACUGGCUCUACAACGGUCAAUCACGGUUUUGUAAUAUGGAGUUUACAUCAAAUGAUAUUCUCAAGAUGGACCCUGGGCAAUUGCAAUUGAACCAGCUGAAUCUCAUAACCUUACUUUUCACCACCAACGAGUUGUUCUCUCAAGAUAAAUCCGGCAGUAUAAAAUUUUUACAGUCGUUAACCACCCACUGCCAACGGGGGUGUUUAUUACUGAUCACAGAGAGUGCAGGAUCGUAUUCGCACAUAACUGUGGGUUCCAAGAAGUUCCCUAUUCAGUUCCUUAUCGAUACCGUACUACUUGGUAAAAGGGGUCAAGAUAAUCACGGAAACUGGACCCUAGUUGAUCAAUCGGACAGCAUAUGGUACCGUGGUGAUCCGGAUAUGGACUAUCCAUUGAAAUUGGAAAAUAUGAGAUGCUUCUAUCGACUAUAUAGAAAGUUGUGA